GUUUUAUUAAAAUAAAUAGGAUUACAUAGCAAUGAGAUAGACCGAAUACAAUCUUCUGCAACUUAAAGUGCAAUUAGAAAAGGAGAGAAAGAGGGAGAGCUUAAAAGAAUGAAAGAAAGAGCAAGAAUAUAAAAUUUUAUAAUUGGAGAUACAAAAAGAACAAUGACUCCUAAACUUUAAUAAUAAAAUACAUAAACAUAUGAAGAUACUGUAAGUUCAUCUCCAAGAUCUCCAUAAGUAGUAUCUAAACAUGAUCGAGCUGUUCAUGAUAUUAAAGUUUUGAUUCAUAAACAAAAUUACACUUAAUUUUACAUAAAGAAAAAAUAUGGAGCUGUAUUAAUUUUUAAUAUAAUAUAAAUAGGAUCUACCUGUUAAUUAUAAACCUGAACCAUAUAAAUUAUAAGGUGAUAAUCAUGAAAGAAUAGAAAAGAUUUUAUCAGUAAAAAAGAAAAAUCCUCAUGAUAUCUUACCCUCUUUAACAGAAUUAUAUGAUGAAAAUCUCAAAGAAUAAGUAUUCAUAUUCUUAAUAUAAUAGGAUAAAGGAAGUACUCAAAAAUCUGAAUCAGAACUCAUCUAGGAAAGAUUAAAAAAGAAAUAAUUUAUAAUAGAAAAACUUUAAGAAUCAACUCAUUGA